CACAGUUUCACUGUACAGCAAGAGUAGCGCAGGCCCCACACUGCAGCCUGUGCGGGUGCCCCAGGGUUACCGCAAGGAUUCAGUGCGGAGGCUGCCCAGCUGACCCAGCCUCCUGAGAUUGCCCUGCAGCACCACUCCUAGGAGGCAGAGAGCCACACACCCUGGGUACUGCUAGCUCUUGGGAAGAGACCAUAAGAGCUGCAAAACAGUGUCAUGUCUAUGCUGCCCUGAGAAGAAUCCACUGACUAGUCAGCUGGUGCUUAGCUGCAGUGGCUUGUGGUAGCACCGAGUGUCCUCUGAGUCUCAGCACUGACUAGAUGAUCUGAUGGCAACAAAGAACACAUUUGGAAACCACGAACUGAUUUCACAACAAUGAGAUGCCUCACCCACCUACUGCUCAGGAGGUUGUUUGGUCUCUCACCUUGGUGCCUGCCAAGGGGAUUGAGUCAAAGUCCUAUCCUCGGUCUGAAGUGGUCACCUCUGAGGCAGAGCUACAAUGAAAGACCUGGGUUUGUGACUGCCACUGAUGUGGUCAAGUACUGGCAGAAGGUGUUUGAAACCAAUGGGGUCCCUGAAGCACAAGAAUCCAGUGAAUAUAUUGUGGCAUUUGUCCUGGGAGCAAAAACAUUUCAGAGCUUGAAUUCCAAAAGCCUCUACACUCCGCUUACAGCAGUGCAGCAGGAACACAUCCAGCAGCUGAGCUACAAGCGAUUAGAAAGGAUGCCAGUACAGUAUGUGAUUGGUGAGUGGGACUUUCAGAACCUGACUCUGAAGAUGAGACCCCCAGUAUUUAUUCCUCGUCCUGAGACAGAGGAUCUUGUUUCUCUUGUUGUGGAGGAAGAAGCUCGGAAAUGUGAGAAGAAUUCAGGCCUCCGCUUCCCAGUUUCUGUCCCCCACCCUGUGAUCAUGGAGAUCGGCUGUGGCUCUGGAGCAAUUGCCCUAAGUCUGUUGUGCAAACUGCCACAGAGCUUGGUGAUAGCUAUGGAUAAAGAGGAGGCUGCUGUGGAUCUCACCAAGGAGAAUACACAUAGGCUGCAGCUCCAGGAGAGGAUCCACAUUCUCCACCAUGAUAUUUCAUACAGUUCUGUGAAGCAGCUGCUGCUCUGGGGCCCUGUAGACUUCAUAGUCAGUAAUCCCCCAUAUGUCUUCCACGAAGACAUGGCUUCCUUGGACACAGAAAUCCUCUGCUAUGAGGACCUUGAUGCGCUAGAUGGGGGAGAUGAUGGUAUGAGAGUCAUCAAAACAAUUCUGACUCUGGCUCCUUCUCUUCUGAAGGAUUCUGGGAGCGUGUUUCUGGAAGUGGAUCCCAGGCACCCAAAUAUGGUAGAAAACUGGCUACAAGCACACCCUAACUUACCACUUGUCCUCCGUGCUGUUCACAAGGACUUCUGUGGCAAGCCUAGGUUUCUGCACAUCCAAAAGCAAAGCAGAUGACAACUGUACUAGAAACAACUCUUCCCACGUUAUGCUUUUUGUGGGUGAACCCUGCUGAACAGCUUGUUGAAAAUUCUGCGUGACAAAAGGAAACUCAGCUGCAUUCCCCAGUGCACUGAACUGUGGACAGUGGCAGACCCCUUUGUUUCCAGACUUCAUUUGGAGGUGCUGGAGUUCAGCAAAUAGUAUGGAAGUGUUUCCCUUUCCUCAGGGAGGUGCAUUCAGCUUUUUAGUUUGCUCUGCUAAAGCGGCUCGUUAAUCUCAGGACCUGGCACAGCAGAGUUCACAGCUCCAGAUCGUUCAUUAAAAAUAAACUCAAGAUGUCAGCUCACCCAUUUACCCAGGAAGAAUUUCUGUUUUCUUUUUCCCUUUGGCCUUGAGACAAGCUUUUAUAGACUGGAUGAUAGAUCCACACUCUGAUGUAUAUUGGCACAUGGAUUUUUGGCCAUGACUAACCUGCACGCUUCACAUUGAGUUGCACUGCCGCAUCCUGAUGGUCUGGAGUAGAUCUCCAACAGCAAAGCAGCCUUUGUUUGCCAGUCCUGCCAAGGGAUGUGUCAAUAAAAGAUCAGUGCACACAUUACACCCUCUGAAUCUACAGAAUCUGAUACUUGGUGAAUGCUGCCAGAAACAAUUAAAACGUUGUGAUAAAGAUAGUCUUUCACUUACAAGAACUGCUGUGCAUUUCCCUUUUCCAACAUGCUGGCAAACCUGGAGAAACAUCUGGCACCCACACAUUGCUUCUGCUAGGAAUAGGAAUGCCCAAGCUCUGUGUAAGGUGUCUAAAUGCAAGACUUUACAACAUGGACCAGGGCCACUAGUUCUUGUGGAGAAGCUGCAAAAAUGGGAGGUGGAUUUGACAGCAAGUGAAGUUUGAAGUAGGAUUCAGACAUUUGACAGCUGUAGGAAUAGCUGAGAUAUGCUCCUUUGGGAAGGGUGACUCAGAGUGAGGCUGCCUGAGACAACACAGAGAAGUCUCUGCAAUGGACAGUCACUAUUGUGACAUUCUGAAUAAUGGCAGGAUUCAACUUAAGCUGCUGCUGCUUGUUGCUGCUGUUCCCUGAUUUACAAAGUCCCUUCCUGAGUUCAGCUAGCCAGGGAAAGAAGGAAAGCAAGCAAAGGAAAAGAUCCAGUCUGCCAGUCUGAAUGGAAGCUGCCACUGGGCCAGUGAGGGUGAGCACUUCGUAGGAGUGGAAGUGUCCAGAGAGUCUACGUGACCACGGAGGUAUAUCAGGUCCUCUGUCCAGGCUGGACUGGGAGUACAUAGCCAGAAACAUGAGGUAGGACUGCAUCUGUUUGGAAGGCUGCAGCAGAUCCAGAGAGCUUUAUGUGAACACUGAUAACAUCUGGUCCCUUUCCCCUCAACUCUCCCACAUUCUUCACUCUGUCAUUGGCUCUGUAACUCUUGCCACCGGUUCUGCUUUUCCAUAGAUAACUGAGAUGUCUCUGAUGUACCGGUGCUCAGGUCUCCAGCUGGAUCCUUUCCUCGCCCUCUGGGCUUUCAGAGCUCUGUUCACAGACUGGUUUUCCACUCCACUGUACCACUCACACUGCAUUUGUCCUCUCUGCUCUUCACACCAUAGUAGUUUGCCAUGUUCCAUGCACUCUUCACUUGAAAGGAUGAGUCUUCUCUAAUCUGUAGUCCUUUCCCUGGUUAAACACAGUAGAGAGAAUCCAGGGAAUGAGAGAACUGGAAACGUUCAGUUCAAGUGCAGUUGAUCUAAGGUUUGAAAAUUAAGGUCCAGCAGGUAUUUCCCAGCUGUUUUGCUAGAGUCCAAGAGAUGUUCUUUUGUUUGUUUGGGUUGGUUUUACAACAGUUUAGGGUCUUGUUUCAGUUCAGUCUGUGAGACUUUGCUUUACAGAUGAUGUUUAUAGAAAGGAGUUCACAGAUUUAAUCUGGGUUUUAGCAGUGUUUGAAACAGCUUCUUUCUGCAGGGUGCUUUAAAAGCCGACUAUUGAAUGUUGUUGAACAGCACCACAGAGCAUUCUUUAGGAGGCAGUCUGGUUCCUUGUAGCAGAGUGGAGCUGGAUUUCCAUCAGAGCAGUGGUGGCUGGGCUGCAGAGAGCUGCCUGCCUUUUCUCAGAACCAUCCAUCCAUCACUUGCCUGAGCUCCACGCAGGACACUUUCUCUGUGAGACAGGCAGCCUAAUCCAGUCAGACAAGUGUUAAACUCCUAUGUUUAUAGCAAAAGCAAUAAUAAAAGCACUGGGAUUUC